AUGAGUUGUCAGAUCUCCUGCAGAUCUCGAAGAGGAGGAGGAUUCCGGGGCUUUAGCAGCGGCUCAGCGGUGCUCUCCGGUGGGAGCCGGAGAUCGGCCACUAGCUUCUCCUGCUUGAGCCGCCAUGGUGGUGGUGGAGGGGGCUACGGCGUUGGCGGCUUUGGCAGUCGGAGUCUUGUUGGCCUUGGAGGCACCAAGAGCAUCUCCAUUAGUGUGGCUGGAGGAGGUGGAAGCUUUGGCUCCGGUGGUGGAUUUGGUGGCAGAGGAGGUGGCUUCGGAGGAGGCAGCGGCUUCGGAGGAGGCAGCGGCUUCGGUGGAGGCGGCUUUGGAGGAGGCGGUUUUGGAGGUGGCGGCUUUGGCGGCGGUGGCUUUGGAGGAGGCCGCUUUGGAGGUGGCGGUGGCUUUGGAGGUUUUGGGGGUCCUGGCGGCGGUGGGCCUGGAGGAUUCCCUGGUGGAGGCAUCCACGAAGUCUCCAUCAACGAGAGCCUCCUGCAGCCUCUCAACGUGAAAAUUGACCCACAGUUCCAGAACGUGAAGUCUCAGGAGCGGGAGCAGAUCAAAACGCUCAACAACAAAUUUGCGUCUUUCAUUGACAAGGUGCGGUUCCUGGAGCAGCAGAACCAGGUGCUACAGACCAAGUGGGAGCUGCUGCAGCAGCUGGAUGUGAGCACGCGCACCACCAACCUGGAGCCCAUCUUUCAAGCGUACAUUGCCAAACUGAAGAAAUACGUGGAUGCGCUCUCUGCAGAACGAACAUCCCAAGAUUCAGAGCUGAACAACAUGCGGGAUCUUGUUGAGGAUUUUAGGAAGAAGUAUGAGGAUGAAAUCAACAAGCGCACAGCUGCCGAGAAUGAUUUUGUGACCCUUAAAAAGGAUGUGGACAAUAUCUACAUGACCAAGGUGGAGCUGCAGGCCAAGACAGAUGUGCUGACCGAGGAGCUUGAGUUCAUUAAAUUCCUUUUUGAGGCGGAGCUGUCCCAGAUGCAGCAGACUAUCACCAACACCAACGUCGUCCUGUCCAUGGACAACAACCGCAGCCUGGACCUGGACAGCAUCAUCUCCGAGGUCCGCAGCCAGUACGAGGAGAUCGCCCAGAAGAGCAAGGCCGAGGCCGAGGCGCUGUACCACAGCAAGUAUGAAGAGCUCCAGGUGAUGGCGGGGAAACACGGAGACAGCCUGAAGGAGGUCAAGAUGGAGAUCAGUGAGCUGAACCGCAUGAUCCAGAGGCUGCAAGGGGAGAUCGCCCACGUGAAGAAGCAGUGUAAGAGUGUGCAAGAAGCCAUCGCAGAUGCUGAGCAGAAGGGAGAGCACGCCCUCAAAGAUGCUCAGAGCAAGCUCUCUGACCUGGAGGCUGCCCUGCAACAGGCCCGGGAGGAUCUGACCCGGCUGUUGCGUGACUACCAGGAGCUCAUGAACGUCAAGCUGGCCCUGGACGUGGAGAUCGCCACCUACCGCAAGCUGCUGGAGGGCGAGGAGUGCAGGAUGUCUGGAGACCUCAGUAGCAACGUGACUGUGUCUGUGAGCAGCAGCACCAUGUCUUCGAGCGUGGGAUCCAGGGCCGGCUUUGGAGGCUAUGGUUCUGGAGGUAGAGGAUCCAGUUCUGGAGGAGGAGGCUACAGCUCUGGAAGUGGCAGUUACAGCUCUGGAGGCAGAGGAUCCAGCUCCAGAGGUGGCAGUGGAGGGGGAGGUUCCGGCUCUGGAGGAGGAUAUGGUUCUGGAGGCGGCUCCAGAGGAGGAUAUGGUUCUGGAGGCGGCUCCAGAGGAGGUUCCGGCUCUGGAGGAGGAUAUGGUUCUGGCGGCAGCUCCAGAGGAGGUUCUGGCUCUGGGGGAGGCUCUGGUUCUGGAGGGGGAUACGGCUCUGGAGGUGGCUCUAGAGGAGGUUCCAGCUCUGAAAAGGGUGGUUCUGGCUCAGGUGAAGGUUACGGUUCCAGCGUGACCUUCUCUUUUAGAUAA